CCGAGAGGCGGGGAAGGAAGCGCUGCUGCUCCCUCGCCUUGCCGUCGCUGCUUCUUCCCUUGGCGGGCGGGGAGGAGCUGGAGGGGCGGCGCUGCCUUUAUAAAACGGAAGCCGGAGCGAGUGGGUCGCGGGAGCAGGGGGAUAUUGAACGUGCCCGGGCGGCGUCGAGUGACUCCCCGCUCCUUGAGCCCCGAACAACAGGAGGGGAUGGCCUCUCUCUAUCGCCUCUUACUGGUCCCCACACGCCUGAUGCUGAAGGUCUCUAAUGCCGUGUCCUGGCUGGUUGUGUAUAGUGCCUCUUGCCUUGCUGCUGCCUUCUACUGUUGGUGGGCCCUAUCGGUAGUGGUGUCUAGGGGCCCUUUCCAGGCGCUCCGCAAGAAGAGGCGGGAGACUCCACCAAGAUGCCUCACUGAUGCCUCGCAUGGGAAGCACGGCUUUGUGACACUAGAAAAUUCAGGGCUGCGUCUCCAUUAUGUUGCUGCUGGCAAGGAAGGAGCUCAGCUGAUGCUUUUCUUGCAUGGAUUUCCCCAGAACUGGUUUGCAUGGCGCCAUCAAUUGCAGGAAUUUAAGUGGGCCUAUAAGGUGGUGGCCCUCGAUUUACGGGGCUAUGGAUUUUCUGACGCACCAGCUGGUUGUGAGCACUAUCAGAGGGAUGCUCUGCUGGCAGAUGUACGUGGUGUCAUUGAAGCUCUGAGCCCCAAUAAGAAGAAUGAGAUUCCUAAGUGCAUCCUGGUGGGGCAUAACUGGGGAGGAAUCAUAGCUUUUGCAUUUGCUGCCAGUUACCCCAAUAUGCUGGAGAAGCUGAUUGUCAUGGAUGCUGUUCAACCACAUGUUUUAUUAGAAUAUUUUCCACGACAUCCCACCCAGCUGCUGCGAUCCAACCACAUGUUUCUAUUCCAGCUCCCAAAGCUACCAGAGUUCCUGUGGUCCUUAAAUGACUUCUAUUUAAUAAAAUUCAUUAUGACUGGCAAGAAGACAGGAGCCCAGAACCCAGCACGCCGUUUGACAGAUGAGGAGCUAGAGGCUUACCUGUACAGCCUGUCAAAGUGUGGAGGUUUAACACCAGUCCUGAAUUACUACAGGAACCUGUCCACUUGGGUUCCUGCAAAGUGCAAGGAUAUUCUAGUGCCCACCCUGCUGAUCUGGGGAGAAAAGGAUGGAUUCCUGGAACAAGGGCUUAUCCCAUGUAUUGAGCAGAAUGUGCGGAAGAGCAUCAAGGUGCAGCUCAUCCCUGAAGCCAGCCACUGGGUUAGUGAGGAGCAACCUGAAAAAGUCAAUCAACUGAUGUGGGCUUUCCUCCAUAAAAGAGACUGAGAUGGAAAGAGGGAGUAACAGCAUUCUGCACCACAAGCAUUCCUCCCACCCAGGAAAAGACAACAGCAGGCUUUUGACCUGACGCUGGAGAGCUGAUCCUACCCUGUGUCCUGUGGAAUGUUUCUACACCAUAUUGGAACAUGAGUUCCAUGCAGCCUUUAACUGGUUUUGCUGCAAGUCUAUGUUCUUUGCACUACAAUAAAAAGGAUUUGAUUCAGGGUUUUUGAAAUGGGCUUCCUGAUGGUGAAACUGCACAGCUGUUGCAUUCAGCAGAAAAUCUUUUAUCUAUCUCUGUAGCAUGCAGGCAUUAAUACUCACGGAAGACCACAGCUUUUCCUUCUGUAUUGCUUUUUGUUGAGUGUACCUUAGCACAGCAGAAUCCAGAACUAAGCUGUGUUCCCAGUUACUGUUUCACACCCAUUUUCACUGGCAUCUUACUACCUUGGCAAAUGGUACUACACAGGAAAGCGACCCUUCACGUGGAUCACAUUGAAAUGUUUUCAGCCUUCUUACUUCACUGUCUACCUGGAAUGAGUUAGACACAUUAGGAGGAAGCUUUUUCUUAACAUGUGAUAUUGCCUGGGAGUGUGACUCUCCCUGCGAAAGCAUGUCAGUUGGUUCAUGAGGCAGCCUCCAUGGUAAAGAGGGGUUUUGAUACUGUUCCGUUAUUGCUCAUCCCAUUGUUUUGGAUCUGAUGAUGCUCCAAACACCUGCAGUCUGUGAAAGUAGGUAGAAAGUACAAUUGCCCUCUGGGCAUAUUGCCUAAUAUUGCAAGUUAAAGAUGGAAGAGGGUUUCUAGUGUGGAUUGUGCUGCUGUUGUGCAGCUGCUGUGCAGAAGCGGGAAAUGAGUCGGGGAUGGAGUGGCAGGAGCUAGUAUUACUCAGGGUCAAACUACCUGUGAUGUUAGCUGUGUGUUUAAACAAGUGUUGAUUUAUCUUUGCUCUUUCUGAUCACCUUUAUCAUUGAGGAAAAAGCAGCCAUGGGGCUCAAUCUGGAACAUCCUUCUGCAUCACAGCCUGCCCCUGGUUUUCUGCUGAACAUUGCUGUUUGUCCUUGAAAAGAUCAUGUAGAUUUGGCCCUUGGUGAACUUCUAAUAGUCCAGGAGGACCAGGAUCUGAGUGUCUAAUAAACAAACCAAUGUGGGUUUUCCUUGGGCCAGUAAUUCAGUUAGAUUGCGGUUCAGCUGGAGCCACCAUAGUGCACCACCUCAGUGCCUUGGCUAGCCUAGCUCUUACUGCUUUGUGCUUUUUCACAAACCAUUGUGUAAAGGCUGCCAUAGUUGCUUGGACCAUUAUUAGGUGAGGGCAUAUGUUGAGCUGAUUUGCUUCUCCAGUGUGUGUCCCUUUCAGGCUAACAUACUCUUGUUUCCAUCCACCCAAUUUUCUUUUUAAGUUCAGGGUUAGUUUAGUACCAUAUCAGAAUAUAUACUUGCGUCCCUAAAACAGAGGUAAGAUCAUAUUAGUAUAAGUCAGGGAGCCUGGAAGUGGUGUGCCGAUAUUUCAGGAUUCCAGGCAGCUUUUUUACUGAACACAAACUACAGCUGGUUAGUCUUAGAUGUGACAACAGCUGUCUUCAUUGUGAAAUGUCACAUCAGCUGUCAUUUUUCUGUUCCAGUCAAGCAUGUUUCUUCCUCUGUUUCUUGGUGAGGAAACCAUGUGAUGCCUCACAGACAUUUAAGCAAGGGUCUGAGAACCUGUGUUUUUCUAGAUUUUAUUUGAUGACAACUCUUCUCAUCCCUGACCAUUGGCCACGCUGGCUUGGGCUGAAACUGGAGUGCCACAGCAUCCUCAUCUCUGAACUAAAAAA